UUACCGCGAGGUCGUUCGGCCCCUGUGAGCCGCCAGUUGCAGUAGAGCGGAGGCGCCAUUUUAAGACACCGAGCGAGCGACUGAGUGGAGUUCUAUGACAUAUUUAACCCCGGUUUUGGACACCAUGUAUCCGACCACGCUAACGCAGUUGUCCCGGGCUAAUCCCUUCAACGCCCCGCUCUUCUCCCUCCAAGAAAUCGAGGAGCCCAAACAGAGCCUUCCCGCAAAUGGACUGAGCCGCAACCUCGCUGCCGCAGCAAUCGCUGACUCUGCAGAUGUGAGCUGUGAGUUUGGCUCAACAAAGUACUAUGCCCUGUGUGGCUUUGGGGGUAUCCUGAGCUGCGGCCUCACACACACAGCUGUUGUACCCCUCGACCUUGUCAAGUGCCGCAUCCAGGUGGACCCUGACAAGUACAAGAGCAUUGGCAAAGGCUUCUCCCUCACAUUGAAGGAGGAUGGAGCCCGAGGGCUGGCUAAGGGCUGGGCCCCUACCUUCAUCGGCUACUCCAUGCAGGGUCUCUGCAAGUUUGGCUUCUAUGAGAUGUUCAAGAUCUUCUACAGCGACAUGCUUGGAGAGGAGAACACAUACCUGUGGAGGACAUCCCUGUACCUGGCUGCGUCUGCCAGUGCAGAGUUCUUCGCUGACAUUGCCCUGGCCCCCAUGGAGGCGUGCAAAGUGCGUAUCCAGACCUGCCCUGGCUACGCCAACAACCUCAGACAGUGUGCUCCCAAGAUGUUCGCAGAGGAGGGAGUAUGGGCGUUCUACAAGGGUGUGGUUCCCCUGUGGAUGAGGCAGAUCCCCUAUACCAUGAUGAAGUUUGCCUGCUUUGAGAGGACCGUGGAGCUGCUCUACAAACACGUGGUGCCCAAACCCCGCGCUGAGUGCACCAAGGGCGAGCAGCUGAUCGUCACCUUCACGGCCGGCUACAUCGCUGGUGUGUUCUGUGCUAUCGUGUCCCACCCAGCGGACUCAGUGGUGUCUGUACUGAACAAGGAGAGUGGCAGCACCGCCGCCCAAGUGCUCAAGAAGCUCGGACCUAAAGGUGUGUGGAAGGGCCUGGUUGCCCGUAUCAUCAUGAUCGGUACCCUGACCGCCCUGCAGUGGUUCAUCUACGACUCCGUGAAGGUCUACUUCCGCCUGCCCCGUCCCCCUCCCCCUGAGAUGCCAGAGUCCCUCAAGAAGAAGCUGGGGCUCACUGAGUAAAAA